AUGGUCAACGCAAAGAACACGCUCCUCCUGGUCCUGGCCGGCUCGGUCUACGCCAGCCCGGCCAGCUGGAGCGCCAAAGAAGCCAGCAAGGGCGCCCUCGCCACCCGCAACUUCAUCUGGUCUCGCACGAUGAACACCGUCGACCCGGGCCAGGCUGUUGCCCCAGAGGCGGCUGAUCCUGCCGUUCCGCCAGCGGCGGCCGAGAGCGCCGCACCCCUCCCUCCCCAAGAGGGCAAGGGCAAGGACGGCGGCAAGAAGAAGGGCAAGGAUGCCGCCGCUGCCGCUCCCCCCGCAGAUGCCAAGGGCAAGGGCAAGGACGCCGCCGGCAAGGGCAAAGACGCAGCGGCCAAGGGCAAGGAGGCCAAGGGCAAGGAGGCCAAGGGCAAGAAUAAUGCCGCCGCGCCGCCUCCCCCUCCUGCGGCCGACGGCGCCGCCCUUCCUCCGGCUCACGCUGCCGACGGCGCCGCCCUUCCUCCGGCUCCCGCUGCCGACGGCGCCGCCCUUCCUCCGGCUCACGCUGCCGACGGUGCCGCCCUUCCUCCGGCUCCCGCUGCCGACGCUGCGGCCAACCCCACCCAUCCUCCUCCGGCCAACGGCACCGCGCCGGACGCCAAGGGCAAGGGCAAGGGCGCCGCUGCGCCACCUCCACCCCCUCCGGCUAACGGAACCGCCACCCCGCCCCCGCCUCCCGAGGGCAAGGGCAAGGGCAAAGAUAAGGAAGGCAAGGGCAAGGGCAAGGGCAAGGGCAAGGACGCUGCUGCGCCGCCUCCCCAUCCUCCGGCCGACGGCGCCGCUCCCCCGCCGCCGCCUCCCGUCAACAACGGCGGUCUGAACAACACCCUGCCAGCCGGUAACGCCACCGCCGGCAACGAGGGCGCUGUGGUCGAGGGCGGCAACGAGAACAACAACAACAACAACAACAACAACAACAACAACAACGGCGCCGUGGUUGAGGGCGGCAACCAGAACAACAACAACAGCAACAACAACAUCGACGCUGGGCACGUCGUCAUUGAGCGCUCGCGCCUCCGACGUUGGUUUGGCCAGCCCUCGCGCGUGACGCACCCGCGCUCCCUGCGCGCCGCCAGGGGUGCCGCUUCGGCCGCGCUCUACUAGAGGAUGGGCUCGAGCGGCGCGUCCUUGGUAGAGCCGAGGUUGAGCUGCACAUUUGGCCGGAACGAGUGUUUAUAGAUUGUUUUGUUUGUCUGUUUCUCUGCUGUUCUUGUCAUUUUAGGGGAGUGUGCGAGUACCACUACAGCAGAGCUUGUUUCGACUACGGGUGAAAGAGGGUGCGAUUUGCCGAGGCUCCAAGGUUCCAAGGCAAGAGGGGAAACGGAAAGUCGCGCGCGGUAAGCGCCAGGGUAGCGCAUUGUGUUAUAGAUUGGGAUACCGAAGGGUCUGCGUUGUUUGUGUCAGUACACAGGAGGGGCUUUCCCACGACGACAGGGAUGUCCGUCGUCUGUUUUCUUUCUCGGUCCGAUAGGCUGUUACCACAGUUCAGUCAGGACCGACGCAGCGAUCGACGGACGGGCUCGUUGGUCGGGACGCCUCCCGGGUUUCGCUUCGUUGCUCGCUUUAUUUCAUUAAAUCGAGCUCCAUUUUUUACUCUGGCACAUGUUAUUGUCAAUCAUUGGAAGCCAGUCGAAGUUUGUUGCUCGAUGCAAUUUCUCGCCUAUCCUACAAAUGUGCCUUUUCCCAGAAAUGCCUUUCCCAGACAGGCAGGUGCGCC